CUCCGACGGCACGGGCAUUGCAGCCCCUGAAGAGCCGGAGCGGCUUGAAGCCAGCCGAGAUACAUGCUCGGGGGGCGGCGGCGCGGAGAAGAAGCUUUCCGCCCCCGCUUCCGCGGCCCAGGUGGCGCCACCUGCGCCAACGUCAACGCGAAUAAAGCUCCCUCGGCAAUAGUGUUCGCGCAAAUCGUCACCGGAGAAUGGUGGUCCGGGUUGAGGCCACGCCGUGUCGAUGGUCGCGCGGUCGGCCCAGCUUCGAGAAAAUCCACCGAACGUAACGCGCGUCGGUUAUCACACGUUAUUGUGCACGGAAGAGAGCCAGGCUGAACAGCCGGGUAAACAGACCAGUGAUAUCCACCCAGUGGAGAGCUGAUAACGGAACUGCGAAAGCGGAUCGGGACUGAAGAAAAACCAGGCAUAGCCGUUCACGGGGUUAUGGGUGUGGAUCGCGCUGAGUCUUCGUUCCGCUGCCCGGUGUUGUUCGAGCUUAUUUUCACGGUUGGAAACAGGGGUCGGUUGGCGGUAGGCAGAUGAAGAUCGGGUGAGGAGUUGAACCUCGGAUACUUGCUGCAAGAGUGUUAUCUGGUGACAGACUGUGGGACGCGCAGACCGUGGUGAUAAUAUGUCGUGUUGGGUGAGCAGCGGGCCCGAUAUUAGUCCAAAAGUGACGCUAGCGGUGAACAGAGACUGGUGCGACCCUCCUCGACGGAAUUGACUCCCCUCAAUACCCAGACAAGCGGAGACCGAAUUGUCGGGACUGUGGUCCGAAACCGCGGACCCUGGAUGUGGGGUUGUUUGCUGAUGUUGGUAGACCGUAGUGCGCGGAAAUUGUUUUAUUAGUCAAUCGAAUCUUUCGGCACUCACUGGGUGACUUUGAGUACUGAUCCGUGAGCGUGUGUGUGGCAUUGAACGUUCGUCCUGUUGAAAUAAUCCUGAAACAAUAAUUUUUUCAGUCUGAAGAUAACUUAAUACAGCUAGAGGAUAACCAUAAGUACACUAAAAAAAAAUAACAAAAUAGUGCUGCAUCAUAACGACGAAGCCGCCAACUGUUACUGUUCCGUUUUCGAGCCGAAUUAUCUCUACGGUUUUCUUGUUCACUCCCUCUGUCUCUCUUUCUCCUCUAUCUAUUUCUUACUUUUUUUCUUAUAUUUUGACGGGAUUUGUACCGAUGCACGAGGAAAGUGCGUGCGACCUGUUUUUCGUUCGAAACUGUACAUAGAUACCUACUACUCGAGGUGCUCCACAUAUCGUGGACUUGUGACCUGACCCGUUUGCCCGUUUGGAAUCAAUGCUCCUGGUGCUGCUGGUGGAAUCUCGUCCUCUGUUGAAGAAUCCUGGAUCCUUGGCCGGCGAAGGAUCGUCACCUGAAAGCUGAAGUAGUAAAACGAAGAAAAAACGUAGAACUUUAGAGGUGCAUGCCAAGGUGAUCUGCAGUUUGAGAAGUGAAAACCGUCAUACGCUGGAAGUGAAUUAUAGGGUUGUAGGUGAAUCCUAUUUCACGAUUAGAGAGGGAGAGAGAUAUAGAGAGAAUUACCGCCAGCUAUAUAACGAUGGUUGUGUGCAUGGCGUGGAUUCAUUCAGAACGCGUUGCCGACUAUUGAUCCUGACUACGUUUACCCGUUAAGGAGGAUUUAUUUGUAUCCCCCUCCCCCCCAUCCCACCUCAACCCCCCGUCACCCCUAGUCAGUGCAGUGGUGCAGCAACGACAGCAGCAAUACAAGUGUGACGUGUGGAGCGCGUUACGACGGUAUAAAUAGUGACAAGAAAGACGAGGCUGGAAGAUGAAGAGAGAGGCAGAGAGAGAGAGUGCAUGGCUGGAGGUUUAAUCUAGCCUUGAUAAUACACCUAUUCAAGCCGCGGUUAAAUGAUGGUAAAACCGCCUCACAUUCUGCGAUCAUGAUUUGUUAUACGAACGAUGCGAAUGACGCAAGUGCAAGAUACCUCAAAUCAAAGGACAUUCGCAAAAUCGACGAUUCACUUUCAGAGACGACGAUCAGUGUAGUUGUUGGACCGCCAGUUGUAGAAUUUUUUAACCUCUGCAAGCUACUGCAGCGUGCUUCCGGAUAUUGUAACGAUAAUAAUAAUAACAACUAUAAUAAUAAUAAUAGUAAUAACAACAAUAAUAUUAAUAGUAAUAAUUAUUGUAUAUUUAGUGCUGCAGUGACGAUAGUACUGAAUCGGUGCAGUUUAUUACAUAGAAGAGUUUGUUUGACGAGAUCGACGCCCUUUGUUGUAACGGGUGCAAAUUAUUGGUGGAGGAUUUGUAACAGUGGACUUAAUGAGUUCAUAGUGAUUUGUCUAUUAACGAUCAUAAUCGAGGCGUUCCUCGGCUUUUUUUCGUCGUCUUCCGAGGUUUUUCUUGUCUCAUUUUCACGCCUUGUUCGCCGUGUUUGGCUCCUCGGUGGCGGAUGACUCCGCCGACGAGUCGCCCCGUAGUUGUAGUCAACGCCCCAUGUGUCUCGAUCAGCCUCCUGGAGAACAGGCGCCCACUAUCCCGGCAUUACGGACCGCGGUUUGUUCCACAGCUCCAGCUGUUGCCCCUAACGUGCCGGCAUUUUUUUAUACCUUUAUCAAUUAUUAAGACGGAAACAAAAGUGGAGGACAGGGUUGCGCCCCCGGGAUCAGUCGGGCCGUGAUGGCGGACCUCCCAGACAUGUCGCACCUAACUCCAGAAGAAAGGCGCAUCAUCGAGAGCGUCAUGAUGCGCCAAAAACAGGAGGAAGAACGGGAAAACGAGAUUAUGAGGCGAAAACAAGACGAAGUUCAGGUAUUGGAGGAAACGAUUCGGGCGCGGUCAGAGCAGCACAAAAAGGCAGGGGUGGAGCUUGAUGCCACCUGCCACAUCUGUCUCAAGACUAAGUUCGCCGACGGUGUUGGCCACAUCUGCAAUUACUGCAACAUCCGGUGCUGCGCGAGAUGCGGUGGAAAAGUUACACUUCGUUCGACAAAGGUGAUAUGGGUCUGCAUACUGUGCCGGAAAAAGCAGGAACUGUUGUCGAAGACCGGGCAAUGGAUGACGAAGUCUGGAUUAGGCGCAGCGGACACCGCGAUGCUCAGACGAAUGCAAGAGGAUAUGCAGGGUGUUGGACUAACCAGUCACGUCGAACAAACGCAAGAUAAAAGACCGAAACUUGAGAAGGCACAUAGUGCUGCUGAGAAGGAGAACUUACCUUUGCUACAGCGGAGCGGAAGUCUUCUACGAAGGCAGUACUCUCAACAGGAACAGGUGCCUGGUCGCCGUAUGUCAACGAGUGACAGUGGUGUCGAGAUGUCGGUAUCCCCACACGCCAGGUCGUUACCGACCCCCCACGUGGUUGUGGGCUCCUACGGGAUGCAGCAGACGCCUCGGCAUCCGGCUGCAUUCCCCGAAGACGAUCCGAGCCUCUACAGAGGCGAGCUUGACGGUCUGAUGAGACAGCAAGCCCAGACGUAUCAGAAACAGAGACAAAUUUACCAGGAGCAAAACUCUGACCUGGUCAUGAUCUACGGUCAUCCCCAGGCGGUCGAGCCUUCGCGGGUAAUCCAACAGCAUCCCCAACAUCCCCAGCAUCCCCAGCAUCACAUGCCUCAGCACCAGGUCCCCGGAUCUCACCCCGGCGGGCAGGGACCCACCUCUGGUGUUCAACCCGGUGUUCAACCGCAAAGGAGCUUCAGCAGCAGCGAAGAGGAGCUUCGAAGCACACCCGAAUGUGCCAGUGACGAACCUGACGAGUCCGAGAAGGGGAAGGGGUACAGCUACGAGACGGGAGCGCCGACCUCGCUGUCCAGCGGAGUCCGGAGGUUUGGGCCUCACAACGGUCACACACGAACCACGUCUACGGUCAUAGGUCACAACGGCCACCAUCCCCCACGGGAACCACGAAAAGAGGAGAGCACCCUUGUCAGAAGGAGCUUCAGGAGGAGCGGGGACGAAUGGAGUGCGGAUAGUCGAAGGUUUACGGAAAGAAGGGGGAAAAAGACGGUGCGAUUCGACGGCGGUACAAACGUCGUCGGUCACGAGGAGGACUGGUCCUGGGAGGCUGACCGUCAGGGAAGUCAGGACAGCGCCACCAAGGACUCGGGUAUCGAUACCUCGAGCACCUUCACCAGCAGCGAAGAUAGCAACAGAGGAGAUCUGCCCAAGCACCCGCUGUUAUGGCAGGUAAGCAGCGACGGUCAGAAAAUGAUCGGUCACAUGAUCCUGAGGAAGUCGCAGGGCGCAGGUUCCGGCAGUAGCAGCAGUAUCCUGGGGUUGAAGGUGGUGGGCGGAAAGCUCCUCGAGAAUGGUUCGAGGGGUGCGCUAAUCGAGAAGGUCAAGAAGGGGAGCACCGCGGACCUCGAGGGUCAGCUCAGACCGGGGGACGAGGUUAUCGAGUGGAACGGAAGGUCUCUACAGGCAAAGAGCUAUCAGGAGGUCUACGACAUCAUAGCCGAGUCCAGACAAGAGCCACAGGUCGAACUGAUUGUCUCAAGAAGCCUUGGUACGGCUCCGACGAAUUUGCCUGGCCCAACUUCAGCAUCGCUUCCCGCCAAAACGACGACGAGGCGCGGAGCCACGCAGGCGCAAUGGAGGCAGAAGCACGACCUGGUGGGAACCGGAAGCCAGGCUUAUCACAAAGAACUGUACGAUACUCGAGGAGAAAAACCAUCGGUACUUGUAACGUCGCCUGGUUCUCCCGACCUCCAUGCUCAGGGUAGAAACAGGCACGCGAGACACUCCGGCGGAAACGCGAAUGUCGGUGGAAGACUGCAAGCUAAGCUUGGGUUCGACACAACCGGGCUUCAGCUCAUUGUGACUUUGGUAUGUGCCGCUGGAUUGACACCCAGAGGUAACGGCCAGCCAAGGAAUCCCUACGCCAAGAUAUUCCUACUGCCUGACAAGAGUGAGAAGUCCAAACGAAGAACGAAGACUUUGGCCAACACUAACGACCCCAAGUGGAAUCAGACCUUCGUUUACGGCGGAGUCAGAAGAUCCGAGCUUCGGCAGCAGGCGCUUGAGGUUACCGUUUGGGAUUACGUCAGAUUUGGAGCGAACGACUUCCUAGGUGAGGCUGUCCUAGAGUUGGAAGUCUCUGCGUUGGAUCAAGAGCCGGAAUGGCACUACCUGGUUGCUCACGAGGAGCACAGGCACACAGGACAUUAUCAAGACACAGCCGACGAGAUGGUGACGACGCCUGUUGACUGCCAUCUAAGCCCGCCGUCAACGACGUCAAGAUUGAGUGAUUCCGAUACCUCGGAGUGUGACAUCACAGACUACGACGUAUCCAGGGAGCAGAGGAGGGGGGUAGAUGGUGCGAGCAUAAGCAGCAUCGGCAGUUCAUCGAGGUUUCAUAAUAUGUCGUCAGUUUAUAAGCGCCACUAUUCCAGCCCACCACCCGAGAGGGAACUCAGCGUCGAAGGAGAACACAGAAGCCGGAGAGACAUGUCGCCUCAGGGUCAUAAACGAGCUGCCCUCAUGCUGUCCAGGGAUCAACAGCCUGCCUCCAUUUCCGACUAUCACCAGUACCGCAAGGACGACACGACGCACAGGGGUGCGAUGGGCCAUCGAUCGCACAGCGCAGCACCCAUGGACUCGCCUAGUGUUCACUACCGAGGUCGGUCGCAAAGUCCAACAGGACAUCAUAGGUCAUUAUCGCCCCCCGAGCAUCGAACUGUGCCCUACUCGCACGGCUACGGGUCCAGGUUCGGCUCAAGGUCAGCGACGGCGACGCCGACCGGUUCGCCGAAAAAGAGACAACUGCCCCAAAUACCGGCAAAUCUGCAUGCCGCACUCAAAGAGAGAGUCACUCAGGACUUGGAAGAGAGAACGAAGUUCAUAAAGCACAGGACAAGACAAUUCCACACAACCUACAGGAGCACGGGAAUGGGAGGAUGGGAAAGACACUAUAGCGGACUAUCGGAUUCGGACUUACCAUCAAUGCGGCAAGACCCGUUGACGAUAAGUAACGUCCAUCCUCACAGAAUCCAUCACCGUCCUCGGCGCCACCUGAGUCCAGACAAAGACGUCUUGGGCGAUUUCGGGGACUCUGAUAUGGAGAGCAUCGGCUCGGUGACGAGCAGCGCUCUCAGUACCCAGUCCGAGAGGCCACGAGGGUCGAGAGGACGAAUCCCGACAGUUAAAAACGUUUUUAUACCUGGUGUCAUAUCUCCCGCCGCCCCGUUGCCCCCUAGGCGCAAUAGGCGCAGGCACAGACUUAGGGUACCCUGUAGCGAAUGCCACUGCCCAUUGUCAAACAAUCCUCCGAAAUCUAGACCGAUUUCAAAAUACUCCCAGCUCCCAACGAGCCACCCCCAAAUUCAUUUUCCCCCGCACCCCCUAGUUCGGAGCAAAUCCGCAGUAGUACGCUCGCUAUACAAGAAAAUGAAGACGCCAUUCACACGAUCGCGAACGGUGGACGAGAACCUGCUGCGAUACUACAGCCCGGAAACGAGCGAGUACAGCAUAACUCCGGGCUACAUGCUGCGACCUGAGAACCUGGGUGUGAACUCACGGCGACGAAUACCGGAAAUAUAUGUCGAGGACUGCCUCAGGGUCGACUUUAGAAACGACCUUAUGAGCAGAUUUCGAGCAAAACUACCUGCUGGAGUAUCGUCGACCUUCUCGUCGCGAUUUCCGCAGAUGAGCAGAAGCUUUCCUACGAGCUACAACAUUCGUGGAUUUGGCGGAAGACCUUCGAUCCCGAGGACGAAAAGCUGUGAAUAUGAAACCAUUCCAGACGACCUGUUGACAGGGGCCAGGAAAUUCCUGUCUCAGAGGGCGAAAAGCUUCGAGUACGAGUCUUUACCGCAGAGUAUAUUCAGCGACGACAGUCUGCGUACGGCUCGCAGGAAGCUGAAGAGAAAUCUAUCUCUGAACGACUCGGGCUACGACGAGACCAUCGAGGCCCUUCAGGACCAGAGCAAGCCGUAUUACGACCCGACGACCGAGAAUAAGUCGCACCAGACGCUGCCAUACUAUGGAUAUGACAGUGAGCUGAGCGGCGCUGAAACAGAGAUAAACCUUUCCUCGAGCUUCGAGAGACAGAGCCUGGGGUCGAUGGUCUUUGGCAAUGAUUCCGGGCGGGGUGACGACGCCGGAAAGAGAAAAUACCGGGACUCGGAUUACUCCGAGGCAUAUUUCGGGUCCGGACCCCAGAGGACCCUAGAAAAGCGGCCGAAGGGCUCAGACUCGAGGCUGUCCAAAGACUCUUCGUCCAGGGAACACAUCUACUGCAGCAUUGAUGACGAGCUCGGUUCGAAUGAGCGACUUGAAGAGCGGCGGCGACCGCGUACCAAGAGUAACGACUCCUACCUGGACUUCGAACGUUACGAGAGAUGUCGCAUAUGUGAAAAGAGCGAGCGGUGGAGCGAUGAGCCGUUCGACUUCGGCUCUCCCGAGUCCGAGGUACGAGGCAGUGAAGAGUUACCUGAGCUUAUUGGAAUCGAGGAUGUCGACACUGUUAGACCGCCUCAGUGCCGCUUUGAGGACUAUGAGGAGGACCGACGGCUGACUGGCUUCGCGGCGAAGACUGUCUACGAAACCAGGAGGCAAAGCCUCUCGGUGCCCAGUCUUCGCGAGAGCAAAAGACUCACGGCAAGAGCCGAGUCUUCGCCUCAGCUCUACUCCGACGAUGAUUUCGGGUCCUCGGAAACCGUUGUGCAUCUUUCUCCGCGAAGGAAGUCGAACCAUGCUCGGGGCUCCAGGUCUGCCCCGGAGUUUUGUAACUCUGACGAGGACGAGUUCGGGUCCAGGGACACUGUGGUCGCUUACAAUUCCCGUCGGCGGAACAGCAGCUGCCCGGAAACUAGGGACCUUGGCGAUAGGAGCGUGAAGCGGAACGUCGCGAUAAGCGACACCCUCGAGUACUACGAGUACUCAAUGGAGAGCGAGAGCCAGUGCAGCGAGAACUGCGGAUUUGAUCCCGGCAACCCUCGUAGAGCGUCCCCGCGUGCCUCCGGCACUUCCGGCCCCCAAGCCCCCGACCCAACCCCCCCCAGUAUUGCUAAUUCAAUUGUCUUUGAUUCCCUUUCCGCCAACUCCGACACUGCUAAAAACGCUCGGGCCGCCAACGACGCGAAUCCGACCGAAACUCGAUCCGCGUCCCACCGCGCUGACACCAAUUCCGACGCGGAACGGAACGAACCCCAUCGAUGGUCAUCUUCUGUACCUGAGAGCAGAGACUACGUACCUUCCAAUCCCUACGAGGCCUCGUCUAGGCACGGGGUCACUGGUAACGGGCAUUCCAGCAAACGGGGACAGUUCACGAGGAGCUUCAGCAACGCUGAUGUACCACCGGAUGAGAAAGUUGUUAAUUUUCUGUCACCAGACGGUAGCCUGAGCGAUACGGCAGUGAGUUUACACGUCGAAGACACUUCGAGAAGGGGUAGAAAAAGUUCGCCAGGUAGUAAGAGCGGCAGCGGAAGUAGCAGCGGUGGCGGAAGUGCAGUUCAAUACCAGUCCUCCGGUCUGGGAAAGAAGAGCAACAGUACGAGCCAGCUUUCAGCGACAGAGAGCGGCGGCGGCUGCAUCGGUGCUCAUGGCGGGGGAUUAAGUCGCAAACGAAACAGUACGCCGAGCAGCAUUCAACGCUCCCAGGAGGUAGUCCCCACCUACCAGAGAUUAGGCUCGUCGAGGCCUCAGGGGGCCUCAUCUGUUACCAGCGACAUCGCAGGCAGCCUCAACUCUAUCUCUAGUUCCGAAGGAAGCUCCUGGUCGCCUGGCCUCAGAAUGGCAAGUGAAGGAGGUCAGCUGAGUGACUUUAUCGGGGGUCUUGGUCCCGGACAACUAGUCGGACGGCAAGUGCUCGGCGCGCCGUCUCUCGGCGAAAUCCAGCUCUCUAUGUGCUACACGAAGGGCUACCUCGAAGUCGAGGUCAUUCGGGCUAGGUACCUCCAAGGUCGGCAGGGUAACAAGGUCAUACCAGCGCCCUACGUUAAGGUGUACCUAGUCAGCGGAAAGAAGUGCAUCGCUAAAAUGAAGACUGCGACUGCGAGGAAAACUCUGGAACCCCUUUACCAGCAGCAGCUUGCCUUCAGAGAGAAUUUUCAAGGCUGUAUACUCCAGGUGACCGUCUGGGGCGAUUACGGCCGGAUAGAGGGUAAAAAAGUGUUCAUGGGUGUGGCGCAGAUCAUGUUGGACGAUCUUGACCUCUCUAACAUUGUGAUCGGGUGGUACAAACUAUUCGGAACUACGUCCCUGUGAGAUCGGAACCGAUUGAAAACAAAAAACUAUUAAAAAACGAAAUAGAAGUAAAAACACGAAAAUCUACCGCCACAGGUGACACUCCAGACACGUGGCACUGGUGUACAUAAAUAUUACAUGUAACAAUUUGUAUAUACAAUAAGAAUAAGCACGUAGCACGUGUGAAUUAUACAUUAUGUAUUAUAUAUAUACAUAUGUAUACAUAUACAUACAAGAUCAAAACUAUAAUAAUAUGACGUAUCCUGACAACAAACAAACAAUCGAUAAAUGAAAGUUCAAACAUUUCCAAAAUUAAAAAUCUAUCGAAAAAUAACGCUAGAUCAAAAAAUACGUAGAUUGUAAAGCAAUUGCAGUUAUACCGAAUAUGAC